UCAGACAUCUAGAGAGAGAAGAGAGAGGGCGCCUGUUCAUCGCGGUUCAUCCAAUGGUGAGGAGCUGACAGAGUCGCUAUGGUGACGAGAUAGUUUCGACAGAGGCGGUGAUGGGUUGACAGGUGCGUGACAGUCUCGUCUGUGCAAGCAUGUACGCCAAAGGCAAGAACAGCGUGCCAUCGGAUAGUCAAGCCCGAGAAAAGUUAGCUCUGUAUGUGUACGAAUAUCUGCUACAUGUGGGAGCUCAGAAAUCAGCGCAGACCUUCCUGUCAGAGAUCCGAUGGGAGAAGAACAUAACAUUAGGAGAGCCUCCAGGGUUCUUACACUCAUGGUGGUGUGUUUUCUGGGACCUCUACUGUGCUGCUCCUGAGAGGAGAGAAACCUGUGAGCAUUCAAGUGAAGCCAAAGCUUUUCAUGACUAUAGUGCAGCAGCGACACAAAGUCCGGUGAUUGGAAGUCCUCCUGGAGAUGGUAUGCCUUUGCCCCCAGGAUUUUUUCAGCAGUUUAUGUCUCCUCGAUACCCAGGUGGGCCCAGAGGUUCUCUAAGAAUACCCAGUCAGGCUUUGGGGCCUGGGAACCAGAUGCUCCUACCCAGUGGGAUGGAUCUUACAAGGCAGCCAGGCCCUCCCAACAUGAGUGGGCCCAUGCAGCGGAUCACCCCUCGAGGAAUGGUUCCUAUUGGACCACAGAACUAUAGUGGUGGGAUGAGACCUCCCGUAAAUGCCAUAAUGGGACCCGGGAUGCCUGGGAUUAACAUGGGUCUUGCAGGAGGAAGACCAUGGCCAAAUCCUCCAAAUAACAAUUCGAUCCCUUAUUCAUCUGCAUCUCCAGGCAGUUAUUCAGGUCCCCCAGCAGGAGGCGGCCCUCCAGGCACACCCAUCAUGCCCAGUCCUGCAGAGUCAAACAACUCGAGUGACAACAUGUACAGCUUGAUCAGCUCAGUCCCUCCAAAUGGAAACAGACCGAAUUUUCCAUUGGGUUCGGGUCCUGAUGGCCCAAUAGGCAGCAUGGCAAGCAUGGAGCCUCAUCAUAUGAAUGGUUCAUUAGCAGGAUCUGGUGACAUUGAAAGCCUCCCAAAGAGCUCACCAGGAAACCUCAGCAUGAAUAAUCAGCCUGGCACACCAAGAGAUGAUGGAGAAAUGGGCGGCAACUUCCUCAACCCAUUUCAUAGUGAAAGCUAUUCUCCAAACAUGACAAUGAGUGUGUGAGAGGACAGCGCAGGAGUAAUUUUCACCGUGUUCAGCAAAAAACUGAAUCUUCUCCCAGCAGACUAUUUCGAUUUUCUACUCAUUUUGUUUUUGGUGAACUGUUUUGAAUUAGUGACGUCAUCCUACACCAAAUCUGAAUAAACAUAAGCAAGCCAUGAAAGAAAGCUGAAACACCUAGAAGAAGCUUUUUCAACAUUCCAUGGUUAAUAUGUCCCGUCUCCUGUUUGGGCAUAAUACAUUUUUACAAGUAUUUUUUAUGUACCUUUUUUAUGUAAAAGCUUUUUUUUUCUGUCCUAAAAUCCCAAGAAGCCCUCAGUAUCUCAUAUAGUGACUUCCUCCACUGUUAGAUCAUUUACACAAUUAUACCUUGUUAUGAUUGAACAGCAGAAAAAAAUAUUUUUGUUGUUGAUUGAACGAAACUUGAUAUUUCAAGGCCUUCACGUUAUUUUCCCAUUUAGACGAGGAUUUGAUCAGACAACGGUUACUGACAAAAUCGUGCUUUAUCAAACGCAUUUGGGCAAACCAAAGUUUGGCUUGAUUUCAGUUGUGCUUUGAAACAAGACAAAUGUACAGUAUAUCCCUAAACAUAAUGGACUAACCCCCAAAUUUUUAGGACUGACCUCAAGAUUUCUUGUCACGUUGGACUUAUUCUUGUAAAUACAGCUGUGAAUCUGUGAAGAAUUUGGAUAUGCUGAUAUAAAAACCAUUUUCACCA